CGUCGGAGCAGCAGUCGGAGCACAGAGUGGAGCUGCUCGAGUUGCGACCGUCAUUAUUUUCCUGGAUUCCGUGGUGUACGCGUCGUCCACUUGCGCCAGGAUACGUGGCCGUCGCGCGAGGUGAUCGAUUCCCGACGGAGGCGCAGUCUCGACACGUCUCCCGUGUCCGAAUCGCGAAUCGCUUUCGUUUGCUCCUUCACGUCGGUCGGACCCGACGCGAUUCGCUGUUUUUCCGCCACGCAUCUACCGUGUCUCUGUGUAAAUAGCCAUUUGUUUAAAAGUGUGCAGUGAGAUCAAUUAGUGGGAAACCAAAUGGUUGUGCUCGAGGAAGGCAGUAUGCUGACUACUGGACACAAUCAGUAUUUACAACCGGAUUAUCUUUCACCGCUUCCAACUUCGGUACAGUUGGACGCGAAAAAGAGUCCGCUGGCACUGUUGGCACAGACAUGCAGUCAAAUCGGAGCGGAUUCGCCUACGAAACCGCUGAUCUCGCCUUUGGAAAAGAGCUCGAAGGGCAUGAGCAUCGCAACGAACGCGAAAUCGCCGCCGGUCACGAAAUUGGAGCGGAACACUCGCGGCAGUCCGACGGACGGCGGCAAGUCGUUGGCGUUCAAGCCGUACGAAGUCAACGUGGUAACGAAGAAGACCACGGACGAGGGUAGACCCACGUCCAAAGCCAGUGUACACAGUGUCAGUGGUCAGGAUAGUGUCAGUGUGAGUGACAGCAUGCAUCCUGACAAGAAAUCAUCCGGCAAUCGCACGCCGGUGAGCCGAAAGUCCGCGUCACCGAGCAGCCAAGCGACGGCAACGACGACCAGCGGCACACCGUCGGUCGAUCGGAAGACCCCGGCGGCGGACCGCGAGAAGAUCGAUGGUUCACCACGGAGCAGUAGCAGUAGCAACAACAACAACAAUAGCAGCAGCAGCAGCAGCAAUAACAACAACAAUGGCGCCAGUCCAAUUAUCAGAUCUGGAAUGGAGAUCCUUUCCGGUGCGGCGCACACAAAGGACGCGAAUCUAGCCGCUUACAAACCGGGUCUAUCCGGGUUCACUGGCAAUCCGCUGUGCUGUCCACCGGGCCUCGCCGAGAAUCCGGCAUUCAGGCCGCCCUUCGCGGGCGCGUCGCCCUUCUCGCAUCACGCGGCGGCGCUGCUGUCCGUCGGCUAUCCGUCGGCCGGCCCGACGGCCGGCGGCAAUCCGUACUUGAGUUACGCCCGCGUCAAGACCCCCGCCGGCGGCGAGGCCCUGGUGCCGGUCUGCAAGGAUCCUUUUUGCACCGGCUGCCAGUACAGUAUGCACAGCGCGCAGAUCAUGAUGAGCGCGGGUAGCUGUCCCAGCGGUUGCACGCAGUGCGAUCAUCAGAAGUACGGGCUGGCGAUGGCGUUGUCGUCCCUGGGCGGCCCGAUGCCACCGCCGUCGUUGUCCUAUCCGUCCACGCUGGCGGCCGGGGGCCGGCCGUACGUCUGCAACUGGAUCGCCGGCGAGUCGUACUGCGGCAAACGAUUCGCCACGUCGGAGGAGCUGCUCCAGCAUCUACGUAGCCACACGAGCCUGACCGGCGGCGACCACGCGGCCGCGGCCGCUUCCGCGGCGGCGCUCCUCGGUAAUCCGCAUCCGCACCCGCUGCUCUCGCCGUCGACCACCCUGCAUCGCGCCAGCGGCGGUACCUACCCGGCGCCGUCGUUGAGCCCCCUCGGGGCGCGGUAUCAUCCGUACGGCAAGCCGCCGACGGGCCCGCUACCGGCGUCGCUCGCCGCCUCGCCGUACUCCGCUUUCAACGCCUUAGGACCGUAUUACUCGCCGUACGCGGUUUACGGACAGCGAAUCGGCGCCGCCGUACAUCCCUAAGAUGGAUAUAUCCUGCGGGAGGGAAGAUUGGGAGGGAAAAGAUGGUAGGAUCUUUUUCGAAAAGGGACUUCUUCUUCUCGUUCCCCCCCUCUGUCUCUCUGUUUCUCCGUCUCUUUUUUCCUUUUCGCAGUGUACAGUUGGUAAAAACAAAUGUGCAAAUCGACGGACGCGAGCUUGCCGCUCGAAAAAAACUGUUGUGUAAAUAGCCAAUGUGUAUAAUACAGAUUUAUUUAAAAAAAUUCUAUAUAUGUAUAUAUAAAUAUAAAUAUAUGUGUACAUUGAAGAUUAUGAUUAAAGUUUAUGAAACAACUUGACAAGUGUUAACGUUGCAUCGCGAGACCAUUCUCUCGCGGAACUUCUAUGAUAUCAGAGUAAUACGCAUCUCUAUUAAAAAUUACCGGUUACCAUGUAGGGGGAAGGAUUACAUGCCAGCUAAGUAAGUUGAUAUUGUCGCAAUUGCCGGACGGACGACAGGCAAAAGCCUCGCCUUCUCUAUAUCGCGGGAUUUACAACAACUACGAGGCAUUCCCGACAAUGCUUCCGAAUCGCGUGCCGUUAGAGUUUUUAUUUUUUUUUUUUGCCGAUUCCAACGGGACGCGUUCGUUUUACGUCAUCGUCACGUUUUAUAGGUGACGUACAACGUGUAACGUCUCGUUGUUCGGCGACGUACGGACGUAUAUGUUUGCGAAAAUCGCUAAGUGCUACUGUAUGUUUCCCGUCGCUCCGCAAACGCGAGCCUCUUGUGCUGAAAUGAGCGUUCGAUAGCGCGCGGCACCGUACGCGGUUAAGAACGGUUUUGUAGUCGAGUAUCUAUAAAUUUAACUAGAUGCGGAUCUGAAGGUGGUUUUGUUGGAUUAUUAAAAUAAUUAUAACUGUCAGCGUAAUUAGAACGCUCAAGACGGUUGUUAGAACGUUAAAAUUGUGACAUUGCUCGUCGCGCUUGAACGUCCUAACUAAUUAUUUGGAUAGUCCCGAACAAAAUUAUUUCCAGAUCUGUAUCUAGCUUAAUUUUUAAGUACUUCGGCAAAAAACCGUUCUAUUCGUGUACGGAUCGUGUCGCGUGUAAUUUUAUGUCCACAAUAUAACUGUGAUAUUACGCUACUCUUUUGAGAGAAAACGAACAAAUAAGAAAUGGAUAUUAUUAAUGAACGUAUCUGAGAUAUAUCUCCGUAAUAAAUCACAAUGUUGUAAUUUAUUAUCGUUAGUUGUGUAAGGCAAAUACUGAAUGCCGUUGCAGAAAAACGAAAAUAAAAUUGAUCUAGAGAAUCUGUUUUAUCAUUUUUCUUUUCGAAAUUCGGUAAUCGCACUGGGAUGAUUUUGAUUCAGGGUAUUACCUCGGGAACGUAUCGGAUCGCGUAUCGUCCAACAUCAGAUCAUCGUCACACGUCGAAUAGAAUAUUCUAAUAAAAGCGAAGAAUAACAUGGUAUACGAUACGCGUCUUAUCCGCAUUAUAAAUACCUCUUGUAAAUAUCGUUGAGUUUCCAUACCGCUUUAAUAAAAACAAUGUUUGUAGAAUUAUUU